AUGGAAGUCUUUCUCCACCGUGUCCCAGCGGAUCUUAAUCGGCAUGGGUUCAAACGCGAACUUCAGCCCUUCAUGAAGAAUCUCCAAAUUCAAGACUUUAUUUGCGAGAAGCCCAGGAAGAAAUGGUUUGGCACUAUUACCUUUCUGCACGUCGGCGAUGGAGAAAGAUUUCUGCAGGCAUAUGGCGAAAAGCAGAAUCCGCUUAGUCCUCUCCACCGGGCCCCAAAGUCGAGUUUGAAUCUUAUGGGAGUUGAUGUGUGCUGCAAACCAAGCAGAUUUCCACCAAAGCCAUUCGCAUUGCGGACGAUGGAGCACGAGGCCCAAGAAAGGGCAAUGGGAUACCGAGAGCGACAAGAAGAGUCUGUCGUUUUGGAGCUGCAGCAAUACAGCUGCGGAAGAUGUGACUUUGUCGGGGACCAGUUGGCAUACAGUCCGGAGGUUCAAUGGUCAGCCAGAGGAACUGUGAAAUUCAAGACGCGAUCGUUGAUCGUCAACGUAUUUCCCAAAUGUCGAAUUCGAAUACCCCUUGCCACCAUUAUUAGCUUGAUAUACUCUAUUGAAGGUACUCUCACAGUUACCCUCUCUGAUGUGCCCUUCUUCUUUGAAGUACUAGAGACUUGCGACGAACCAGUGGGCUUGCCCUCUAAUCGGAUACGUUUGUCUAGUCUAGGGAACGGGCACGAUCAGAUCGUUGGGCAGUGCUUGGUAUAUCAGUUCAAAGUUUCUGCAGUGGACUUCAGGGCGAAAAUAGAAAAACUCAAAGAUUGGGACAUAACCAUCUAUCGUUACAAUCUGGCUCCAGCAGGGUCCCUCUUAUCCUCACAGUCAGCCUCAGUUGAGUUUCGUAAACUCCUGACUGAGUUAGCAGAAUGUACGCGCAAUAGAUAUAUGCCAUUUGGGGCUCUCUUCCAGCUGCAGGCAUUGGCACAAAAUGCAUACCUGCAUCCCACCACUACUCGCCGCUUGACUGAAAGGCUACGCAUAAAAUUCGCCGAGGAUAAGGCAGCAGGACGAGACUCUAUCACCGUGGAAGGAAUCAGAAAGCUUUUUAAUAUGAUCGGCUGGCCGUUUCCUGGAGAUGAUCCAUGGGGCUAUGCGGUAGACUCUCUUCUGACGACGCUUGAGGAGACCAACAGGGAGAUACAAGACGCUUCGCCUAUCUUCUGCGACGAGAAUGGAGAAGAUUUGCUUUUCAAUGCAAAAGUGGAUUUCAAGGAUAUCUUUGGGCGGUUCAAAGACAUCAUGACAAAGGGGAUCCAGAUCGCCGGUCGCACAUAUAACUUUCUUGGGUUUUCACAUUCCUCGUUGCGAUCUCACACAGUUUGGUUCUCAUCUCCAUUUGUCGACGAUAAUGGUCAUAUGCAAACAUACUUUUCGAUCAUCAGUGCAAUCGGCAAAUUCUCACAUAUAACGUCACCGGCACGAUGCGCAGCUAGAAUCGGCCAGGCUUUCACUGAAACGCCCUUCAUGGUUCCAUUAGAAAAGCAUCGGGUGCGAGUUUCAACGAUUCCGGAUCUGAUGUCGCCGGACGAUUCACGGGUCUUCAGUGAUGGGGUCGGGGCUAUUUCGAAAGAGGUGGUGGCAAGUAUUUGGGCCGACAUACCACUCAAAAGAGGAAACCCUACAUGUUUCCAGAUCCGUUUAGGUGGGGCGAAAGGUAUGCUUGCUGUCGAUACCCGAUUGCUCUCUGCAGUCAUUCAAAUCCGCCCGUCAAUGAUCAAGUUCGAUAGUGAGGAUAUGCAGAACCUGGAGAUCUGCAAUAUGGCAUCCAGACCUUACCCCAUGGUUUUGAAUCGUCAAGUGAUCAAGAUCUUGGAGGACAUGGGUGCCCCUCAGGAUUGGUUUUUUCAAAUGCAGAACGAGGAGCUGACGCGCCUUCAAUCGAUCACCGUCAGUACAGACAAGACAGCAAGGUUUCUUAAGGACAAGGGAGUCGGCGAGUGCAUUGGUCUGUAUCGACUCUACCGUCAAUGUUACUGGACACGCUUGAACUAUAAGAACGACGGUUUCCUCCGUGCCAUUGUCGAGGCGGUGGUUCUUAGGGAGCUCCGGCUCCUGAAGCAUAAAGCGCGUAUCCCCGUGAAAAAAGGCAUGACACUUUAUGGGGUUAUAGAUGAAACAGCUUUCCUUCAAGAAGGCGAGGUUUAUGUGACAUUUGACCGUAUGGCAGGGGAAUACGCGGCGCCUCCCGGGCCUGGGCAUGUCUUGGUGACUCGGUCGCCUGCGCUUCACUGUGGUGAUAUUCAACGCGCCCAAAACGUUCUACCCCCAGAAGACCAUCCUUUAAGGUACCAUCGGAAUUGUAUUGUAUUCAGCCAGAAAGGAAGUCGGGACCUGCCUAGUAAGUUGAGUGGGGGGGAUCUUGAUGGUGAUUUGUAUCAUGUUAUCUGGGACCCCGACCUGGAGAGCGUUGAGACAUUUGCGCCUGCAGAUUACCCGCGUCCCACGUCUAUUGACAUAGGGCGUGUAGUGGAGGUAGGUGAUAUGGCUGCAUUCUUUGUGGAAUUCAUGCGGUCCGAUAUCCUUGGCAUGAUUGCUAUCCGCCAUAUGAUCAUGGCGGAUCAGGCUGAAUCGGGAACCAGGGAUGCUUCAUGCCGCGUCCUGGCCGGGCUACAUUCGAAAGCCGUGGACUUUUCCAAAACUGGAAUUCCUGUCAAUAUGAUGGAUAUGCCUAGAGCGAACCGCUAUCGACCAGACUUUCUGGCGCCAGGACCCCAAACACGCCUCUAUAAUAAAUCCAAGAUCGGCCUUGAGCAGCAUGUUUCGCAUGCGAACUAUGAUGACAACGAUGAUGAUGUCGAGGAGCCCUACCGCUACUAUAAGUCAGAAAAGAUCCUUGGAAAGCUAUUCAGGGCCAUCGAUGAGCAAAACAUCUGGCGCAAACACGUCCUUUCUGAAGCUGCUACGAAUGACGAAUAUUUUUGGAAUAGUGUGAUUGUGGACUGCCUCACAAGGUGCAAGUCUUUGUCACGAACCCCAAAAGAGGAGCAUCUUGACGAAGCAAAGCGGAUACGAGCAGCCGCUAUCUUCCACAAAAGCUACGAAGAUGCUAUUGUUUCGACAAUGGAUACCUAUUCUGAUCAUCCAACCAAGCCUAUCAGUGAGUUAGAGGUGGUCAUUGGGUCUAUCAUUAACAGACGGGGUGUACAGACCCGCCGCCAACGUGACCGAUCAGAUAAACUCCACGAGGAGUUUGAUAGGAUUGCUACAUGGGCCACAAACAUCAUGCGCCGACAGGGGGUCCAGGACCCCGAUCCUAAUAGCUUAGAGCUAUCCAUGGCGUGUCUUUAUCAUGGCACCCACGUGAGCGAUUCCGGCCGCCGCAAGGAGGUAUACGGUGAGCUUAAGAGCUUUAGAGUUGUUGCUGUCUGUGCACUGUUGGCCGAGUUGGAUUAUCGCGAUAAGGAUGGUCCGAGGAAUUGCUUUACUAUGUGA